AUUGACCCAUGUUUUCGUAUAUUAAAAUAUAAAUCACUACAUAGUCGAAAAAUAGAGAUAAUGAAGAAAUUUCUUAAAUUAACAUUCUGGCGGAUAACAUACUGUUUUGCUGCAAUUAUCAUUUUUAACGAAAUUUUGGAAUAAUUAAGUUAUUAAUGAGUCGUCGUGAAUAUGAUAUUGCCCCUCCUUCUUGCGUCAAUGGGAUAUUUUGUUAACCCGACCAGUCCUUCUUCAUUAAUUUGCAAAUGUAUCAUUUAUAGCAGUCUAUUCAAAUCAGAAGGAAUUUUUACGUCCCCCAAUUACCCUUCUGCGUACCAUUUAGACUCGAAUCAUUACCUUUGUUUGAUCUAUUUUUUCUUGGGCACUUCAAGGCAAUUAGUCGAGAUUACUUUCGUCGAUAUAGAUAUAGGUGGAAGAGAUAUGGGUAAAUGCGACCUAGACUAUAUCGAAAUUUACCAAGAAAAAUUUAUAUCCAAGCAUCUGAUAACAUCUUCCCUCAAUGCUCAUAUAAAAGACCACAACAAAUUGCACGAUAUAAAAUGGCGUUACGAUAAUAACACAGUUAUUUGUGGGAAUCUGACUGACAAUCGAAGGACUCAUUUUUACAGUUCCAAAAACGUUUUGGUUUUCAUAUUUUUCGCAUCAAAUAGCCCGCGACAAAAGUCCUACCGAGGAUUCGAAGGGAUAUUUCGAUUUUUAAGCGCUGAUACUUACAAAAAUAAAGGAGUUAAACUAAAAGACACAGCUUGCAGUUACAAAUAUUUUAGCAAUAACAACACAAAAUCAGGGUAUUUUUAUUCGCCAAAUUAUCCUCAGAACUAUAAUCCAAUGUCCUAUUGCCACUACAUAUUUUACGCCGCCAAUGAUGAACAAGUUUAUCUCAAAAUAGAGAAAGCAACUUUCGAAACCAAUAAUAUGAGCUGUAUCCAUGUUCCAGAUCAUUUGCUCCUAUACGAUGGUUUAACCGAUUUAGAUCCGCUAAUAGCACAAAUAUGUUCGGAUUCCCAAUUUCCUAAAGAAUAUCGAUCAUCCGGUUCAAAUUUAUUGAUGAUAUUUAUGUCCGAUUUCAAGAAUCAUUAUCAAGGGUUCAUGGGCUAUUAUGCAUUCCAAAAAAUAGAUUUUAUCUUGGAAACAACUUUGUUAACAAGCAUGACUUGCGACAAGACAAUUAGCAGCAUCAUUUCCCAGACGGGUACAAUCUCAAGUCCAAAUUACCCAAAGCCAUACCAACCAAGAAUGCAAUGCAUAUACAAUUUUAUAGGGAAAGGUAAGGAACGGGUGCAAAUUAAAUUUUUGGACUUUGAUCUCUUUCACCCUUUAAAUGACUCCAAUCAUUGUUUAGACGUCGACGUUUUAGAAAUAGCCACGAAAACAAAUGACCAACAAUCAGUUAUAGAAGAAUUUUGCGGGAAUUCUGUUCCUCCUUCUAUCAUGUCCAGUGGUCAUACCUUAAAUAUGGAUUUCAGAGGUUUCACGAGCGGAGAUGUUAGGGGAUUCAAAUUCGAUUACGCUUUUAUCACGAAUUUUGGCAUGAAGACGGGUAAGCAGGAUAAGAGCUAUGAUUGCGCGUUUGAAUUCAAUAGUUUGGAAGUUAAUAAUGGUACCUUCAGUAGUCCCAAUUUCCCCGGCUUGUAUCCUAGGGAUACGGAAUGUUAUUAUUUGUUUUACGGUUCCCCGGAAGAAAAAGUCAGGAUCAUCUUUUUGUAUUUUAACGUCGAAGGCAUAUAUCCAUGCAUAGGCAAUUCGGAGAGCGAUUAUUUAGAGCUAUCAAAUUACAGAUCCGUUGAUCGAAAAUUUCCAAGGUAUUGCGGAGGCAAUAAACCAACCACUAUAGAAUCAGACAAUAAUUUUUUCAGAAUAACUUUCAAAAGCAACUCCUUGUUCGAUGCAACGGGCUUCGAGGCCCACUAUCAAUUCUUUCAACCUAUGGAAAACAAAAUCCAUUACAAUUAUCCAAAUGAUGCAAAAAUCACUUUGCCACCUCACUUACUAACGUUGUUGUUGAUGCUAUAUGCCCUUUUAUCCAUCCCUUAAAACAUGAAAAUCCUCAAAGAAUCUCCACGGAGCAGUCUUCCAGAAAAAUGAUUCAUGAUCAAGAAAACUUACAAAUUAAUCCAAUCAUAAAUUAAAUAUUAUAAUCUGUAAUUUAUUUAGUAUUUAUUUUUGUAAAAAUACAUUCAGUCAAUAAAAUGCAAUAUAAUAAUUUAUUUCGAAUUUUAUAAAAAAUAGUUUCAACAUGAUUUCUAUGUAUUAUACCCUAUA